AUGACUAGUGGUUUCCCAUACUUCCUGUAUCGAAGGGACCGUACCCAGAGAAAAGGAGGAGGAGUCUUUUGCAUGGUUAGGUCUUUUCUAGACUGCACGGAAGUGAAGUUAAACACCAACAUGGCCCCAGAUAUACUCUGCUGUGAUAUUCUUAUACAUGUGGCCGCCUCUCCUCUGAGGAUCAUCUCGGUCUAUCGCCCUCCAAACACUAAGCCAGCCGAUGACCAUUACUGGAUCAUCUCCUUGAUCUUAGCUCACAGCGUAAACUACAAUUCAUUGAACUCCUAUUUUCUAAGUGUGGAUUGGCUCACCUUGUUUGACAACUUCACAUCAGCUAGCGAUGUCUACAAAAGAUUCUGUAAGCAACUAUACAUGACCUUCUCUCAUUUUGUUGAGUUCAAAGCUCCUCAAAUGACUCGAACAGUAUAUCCAAUACAUAUAAGGAACUUAGCCGCUCAGAAAGAAAGACUAUCUCUCUCUCUUGACCGUCCUUUGGAAGAUGACCUCUACAGAAAGGUGUGUCGGGACCUUGACGGCCAUGUAAAGAAGUUUCUCGCCAAUCGUGAACACCGCCUCACGAGAGGGUCUAAUUUAAAACGGCUUUUCCACUAUAUUAGACAGAAAUCGAGAGAUAAUUUAGGGUUACCUACUUUGUUUGAUGCCUCGGGCAAGAAAUACAUUUCAGAUACGCAGAAAGCCAGAAUAUUAGGCGAAUACUUUGCUUCCGUCUUCUGUACUGGUUCUGAGCAAAGCGUACCAGAUGUUAGGGGCAUUCCACACGUAGAGAGCGGACUUUCAGGGAUCUUCUUUCACCCAGAAGAUGUUCGGAAGAUGCUGGAAAGCAUUAAACCUUCCACGUUCGUCACAGCUUCUCUGACAGACAGUCAAAGUGGUGUCCUCAGGAAGCGUUUUAUCGCUUGUUUUGCUCUUCUUAAUAUAUACACCUCCCUGUCUUACAUUGCCACUUCGCCCGAUGUGAAGGUUCAGAUGUAUGCUGAUGACAUUAAAAUAUAUGCCGCAUUAACGAUACUACCAACAAGUAAGGAAGUUCAAGCAGUCAUUUAG